CAGCCAGUCAGUCGUAGUUGCUGCUUCGGCCGUGUUUAACGUGUCAUUUUGUGUUCGAAAGAAACGUUGAAUAAAAAUCGAUUAAAAAAUAAAACAAACGUAACAACAAAAUAAACGUAAUCUUUGCAAAAUAAAAGUACAACGUAACGUAAAAAAUUACGAUAAUAUAUUUUUUAUAGAAAUAUAAAUCAAAAACUGUUUCAAAACCCCCCUAAUUAAAAACAAAUAACUAAUUUAACAAAAAAAAAAUGGCUCAAAAGACCAGCGUUUGCAUUGUCGGAUCCGGCAACUGGGGCUCCGCCAUCGCCAAGAUUGUGGGUGCCAAUUGUGCCAAUCUGCCCGAAUUCGAGGAGCGUGUCACCAUGUAUGUCUAUGAAGAGAUGAUCGAUGGCAAAAAAUUAACAGAAAUCAUUAACACAACUCAUGAAAAUGUCAAAUAUUUGCCAGGACACAAAUUGCCCCCAAAUGUGGUUGCCGUACCCGAUCUUGUUGAGGCUGCCAAAGAUGCUGAUGUCUUGAUUUUUGUUGUACCCCAUCAAUUCAUUCCCAAUUUCUGCAAACAAUUGCUGGGCAAACUGAAACCAAAUGCCAUUGCCAUUUCCUUGAUUAAGGGCUUCGACAAGGCCGAAGGUGGUGGCAUCGAUUUGAUCUCACACAUUAUUACCCGCCACUUGAAAGUUCCCUGUGCCGUCUUGAUGGGCGCCAAUUUGGCCAAUGAAGUAGCCGAGGGUCAAUUCUGUGAGACCACCAUUGGUUGCCGUGAUCCUAAAUAUGGUAAAAUUUUGCGUGAUCUCUUCCAGGCCAAUCACUUCCGCGUUGUGGUUGUCGAUGAUUCGGAUUCGGUGGAGAUUUGUGGUGCCUUGAAGAACAUUGUUGCCAUGGGCGCCGGUUUCGUUGAUGGCCUGGGCUUGGGUGACAAUACCAAGGCUGCUGUCAUUCGUUUGGGCUUGAUGGAAAUGAUUCGCUUCGUUGAAAUCAUGUAUCCCGGCGGCAAAUUGUCCACCUUCUUCGAAAGCUGUGGUGUUGCUGAUUUGAUUACCACCUGCUAUGGUGGCCGUAAUCGCAAAGUUGGUGAAGCCUUUGUCAAGUCCGGCAAGACCAUUCAACAAUUGGAAACUGAAUUGCUUAAUGGUCAGAAAUUGCAGGGUCCCUUGACCGCCGAGGAGGUCAACUACAUGUUGAAAAACAAAAAUUUGGAAGAAAAGUUCCCCCUCUUCACCGCCAUUCACAAAAUCUGCUCCGGUGUCCUUAAGCCCCAAGAUUUGAUUGAAUGCAUACGCUGCCAUCCCGAACACAUGCAAAAACUAUAAACAAUUGCUUUCUAGCAAAUCUUUUGAGUUUGGUGUACAAAUGAAAAAAAAAAAAUCAAUAAAUCAACAAAAAAAGCCAACUACCGCUUUCUAUAACAUCUCAACUAUGCUUCUAUCAAAACCUUCUCAUGUGCUAUAACUUUAAGACCUAACAACUUAAAUCGUUAAACAAAAAUGAACAAACCAAAAUAUAAAGAAAAUACCAAAUCUGUGAUUUGUUUUUAUUUAAAGAUAAAAGAAAAGACACACGAUUUUUACUCAACAAAAAUGCACAAUUACACUUAGUUUGAAUUAAAGAAGGGAAGGACAUAUAUGUACGCAGAAAACUUCCCACUUUAAGGUUUUUACUCUAAACUCACUUGUUAAACUACCACAUUAUGGAUGCUUUUUUAAAAAGAUCAUUUCAAAUCCCCUAAAAACCUCCCUACAAAUCCAAUGGCAUAUCUUAACAACAAAAAAUAGGAAACUAUUGUCCUCCGAUUUAUUUUUUGGUUCACACGCCACACCACUACCACCAUUUUAUUGAAA